UCUCUGUAAACUCUCUCAAAAAGCACACAACCAUAAAAACACACACUCUGUUUCUUGAAAAACUUACAUUUCUGAAGUAAUGGCGAAAUCAGAAGGCAAAGCUAUUGGCAUUGAUCUUGGUACAACAUACAGUUGUGUUGGGAUCUGGCAAAAUGACCGUGUAGAAAUCAUCCCAAAUGAUCAAGGCAACAGAACUACUCCAUCCUACGUUGCAUUCACCGAUACAGAGCGACUCAUCGGUGAUGCAGCCAAGAAUCAAGUAGCUAUGAACCCACAAAACACCGUAUUCGACGCUAAACGCUUAAUUGGUCGGAGAUUCUCCGACCCUUCUGUCCAAAGUGACAUGAAACACUGGCCAUUUAAGGUUGUCGCUGGUCAAGGUGACAAGCCCAUGAUCGUCGUUCAGUACAAGGGUGAAGAGAAACAGUUCUCUGCUGAAGAGAUUUCGUCUAUGGUUUUAACGAAAAUGAAAGAAGUAGCGGAAUCUUUCUUGGGGAGUACUGUUAAGAAUGCUGUUGUUACUGUUCCUGCUUAUUUUAAUGAUUCUCAGAGGCAAGCUACGAAAGAUGCAGGAGCGAUUUCCGGGCUUAAUGUUAUGAGGAUUAUCAAUGAGCCUACUGCUGCUGCAAUUGCUUAUGGUCUGGAUAAAAAGGCGUCGAGAAGUGCGGAGAAAAAUGUGUUGAUUUUUGAUCUUGGUGGUGGAACUUUUGAUGUUUCUUUAUUGACUAUUGAGGAAGGGAUAUUUGAAGUUAAGGCUACUGCUGGUGAUACACAUUUGGGUGGUGAAGAUUUUGAUAAUAGGCUUGUUAAUCACUUUGUGCAGGAGUUUAAAAGGAAGAACAAGAAGGAUAUUAGUGGCAACCCUAGGGCUUUGAGGAGGUUGAGAACUGCUUGUGAAAGGGCGAAAAGGACUUUGUCGUCGACUUCUCAGACGACUAUUGAGAUCGAUUCAUUGUAUGAAGGGAUCGAUUUCUAUGCUACAAUUACAAGGGCAAGAUUCGAGGAAUUGAAUAUGGAUUUGUUUAGGAAGUGUAUGGAGCCUGUGGAGAAAUGUUUAAGGGAUGCUAAGAUUGAUAAGAGCCAUGUUCACGAUGUGGUUCUUGUUGGUGGAUCCACUAGGAUCCCUAAGGUACAACAAUUGUUGCAAGAUUUUUUUAACGGCAAGGAGCUUUGCAAAAGUAUUAAUCCUGAUGAGGCUGUGGCUUAUGGUGCUGCUGUUCAAGCUGCAAUUUUGAGUGGUGAAGCUGAUCAAAAAGUUCAAGAUUUGCUGCUCCUUGAUGUCACACCUUUAAGUCUUGGUAUUGAAACUGCUGGUGGUGUGAUGACCGUGUUAAUUCCAAGAAACACUACUAUCCCAACAAAGAAAGAGCAGAUUUUUUCUACCUACUCCGAUAAUCAACCAGGUGUGCUUAUUCAGGUUUAUGAAGGAGAAAGGCCAAUGACAAAGGAUAAUAAUCUUCUUGGAAAAUUUGAGCUUAAGGGUAUUCCACCAGCACCAAGAGGAGUACCUCAGAUCAAUGUCUGUUUUGACAUUGAUGCUAAUGGAAUUUUAAAUGUGUCGGCUGAAGACAAGACUGCUGGUGUGAAGAACAAGAUUACAAUUACAAAUGAUAAAGGUAGGUUAAGCAAGGAAGAAAUUGAGAGGAUGGUUCAAGAAGCAGAGAAGUAUAAGGCAGAGGAUGAGUCCAUGAAGAAAAAGGUUGAGGCAAAGAACUCAUUGGAGAAUUAUGCUUACAACAUGAGGAAUACAGUGAGGGAUGAGAAAUUCUCAGGGAAAUUGGAUCCAUCUGACAAGCAGAAGAUAGAGAAGGCUGUCGAUGAGACAAUUGAGUGGUUGGAUGGGAACCAGUUGGCUGAAGUAGAUGAGUUUGAGGAUAAAUUGAAGGAGUUGGAGAACUUGUGCAAUCCAAUAAUUUCAAAGAUGUAUCAAGGUGGUGCUGGAGGAGAUGUGCCCACGGGAGCUGAUGCGGGAGCUGGCUAUGGCCAAGGAGGAUCUGCAGAUAAUGGUCCAGGGCCUAAGAUUGAGGAAGUGGAUUAAAGAUGAUAUAGACAUUUUUGUUUUAAUGAUCUACUUGUACUCUAAUUAGUGUAGCUUUGAGUCAGUAAAUAUGUGUCUGUUGUUUGGGUGCAGAGUAUUAGGAUGGGAGAGUAAUUACUAUGAAAACUAUGUAGACCCUCUAGCUAUGUUUUUCUAAAUAAAACUAUUUCUUGUUCUAGUUUUUCCAACA